AUGUAUCCAAAAAAUGCUAUACAUGUUUCUGGAGCUGACGGUGAUCUCGGCACUUUAAUUGUUCGGAGUCUUUUGGAAAUGCCAAACCUUCAUUCUCACCUUUCAAAUACUCCUGUUCAUGCUGGAGUACACCGUGAAACAAUGAAAUCAAUCGAAUUAGAAGAAAGAGGAGCUUUGGUUUUCGAAGUUGAACCUAUAACUCAACCAGAAUCUAUUGUUCGUAUUCUAAAUAGUGCGUCAAAAUUACUUUUAUUAAUUGACCCUCUAAGUGGUGAAAUUACACGAAAAAAUUUACUUGCUUUCGCAGAAGGAUAUAUAAACGCGGCUAAAGAAGCUAAUGUAGAACACAUCAUAUUUCCUACUCCAUUUGCAAAAGUUGAUGCUCCAUAUUCACCGCCGUUGACUCCCUCUGAUGAUUCUGAGGAUUAUGCAAUUCCAAAUAGAUCAUAUCGAGAUCUAUUUGAAAUAAUUGAAUCAACUUUGAAAAAUUCUUUUGAUGCUUCACAAAUAACAAUUAUUAGAUAUCCCGGUGUGAUAAGUCAACAUUUGUUACGUUUCUCGCGAUACAUAUGUGAAAAAUCGCAAAUACCGAUGAUUGAUAAUCCCAACGCGAUCUUUGAAUGUUGUGACGUUAGCGACAUCGUCCGUGCGCUAUGUUAUGUUCUUUAUUGUCCUGUACAACGAUAUGGUGGUAAAGAAUACAAGAUAACAGGUCCAAACCUGUUGACAACUCAAGAAAUUGCUGUUAAAGCGUCGCUAGGUCUAGGUCGUGAGAUUAAAGUUGAAUUAAUGUCAAUCAGACAAUUACAACGUAUGUUGAUGGAUAUAACCUCUAACAGAGAAGUAGCUGCUUACCUUUUAGAAUUAUGGGGAUUACAAGGUUAUGUUGGUGCUUCUCGAAGAGCUCAAGUAACUCGUGACUUAGAGAUAAUUACGGGCGGUGCAGGAAAGAGCUUGAGGGAAUUUUUUGAAAACAAUCGUGAGGAUUUUAUUGGAAACUAUCAAUAA